AUACGAUUUUCUUACUGACUGCGAUUGAAAAUAUAAAUUCGGUUUAAAAACAUCGACUUGGAAAACUUGAAAAUGCCGCUCAUCACUCGUGGAAUCUCCCUCGUUAACUUUACGGUCGCCUCGUCCGCGCUGGCGUUCCAGGUCUUUGUCCUGUACCCGUGGCACAACCAGCUCGACGACGAGUUCAAGGCUCUUAAGAACGAACACCUCCGAGUCCUAAACAAGGUCGAGCGUGUACUUGCUUCAGAAAAGUUUAGGCUCAAUAGUGCGCAGUCGCAGUCGCAGUCGCAAUAGCCGACGCAAGACAAAUUUGAAACGGCCUGCAAUUGAAUCCAGCUUUCAUUAGGUGUGCUUGAGCUCUAGGUGGCUGGCAUCCGGGCGAACACCGUCCUCUGUCCCGCGAGCAUAGAUGUGAGCAUAGAGACAAGCGAGCAAUUCUGAUCGGGGUCUGCAGGUGCUAUAGAUUGGACUUCGGUGUCAUCUGGCGAAUCGAUCCAAGAG